AGCGCUGGAGCGAGCGGUACUCCGUUGAUUUCAGUUGAUUUGAACGUGCGCGACCGUGAGCGUGUUAACGUCGACGUCGUUGGUGAUCCGGUUGAUCCCUCCCUCCCUUCCCCCUCCGAGUUCCUCGUCCACGUCCGUAUCCUCAGCGGCCGCUUUUUCCUUCGAUUCCCCGUGAAAAGUGCAGCGUGAAUCGCGAGCGUCGCGGCGCUCCCGCACGCCGCACGUGCAUGACGUGAUCGCACGGCCCGCGAACAUGGAGGUCGCGCGGAAGGUGCACUAUGACGCGUGCGACAUGCAGAACGGCGAACUCACUUGGAGCUGCGGCGGCAACGGCAGCGUCGGCGGCAGCAGCCCCAACGAGUGCGACAUCCUCGACUGCUCCGUAGAAAACUACGAUGACCCGUCGUCGUCGUCCUCGCCACCACCGCCGCUGCAGCCGCGCAAGUUGUUCGACGCGACGGACUACAACGACAACGAGGACCAGCCUACGAAUAACAACAACAAGAUUCCGAUCUUCGUGACAGAUACUCCAGCUAUCAAAGCUCCUAUCAGUCGUGAAAGUAUUCUCCUCAAGAGCUCAAUGGGAUGUAGUCCACCCUACAAACGUGUCAGGGCGUUACGUCUGUUUGAUUCGCCCACCACCCCAAAAACCUUGAUAGAGAAGAGCGUAUUACAAACUCCGGUACCCGUAAGAUGUUCUAGACUUUUAAAUCUAGACAAACCUAGAUUUCCCAAGAUAAGUCCCACUUAUAAUAAAUCGGAGAAACCUGCCGCAAAUGUAAAUCCAUUCACACCUACUGGCAUGUUAAUAACGGCAAGAAAAAGAAGCAGAUCCAAACGUAGUCUCAAUAGUUGUGGUAGUUCACCGGAUGUGCAAGUGGCAAAAUGUGACCUCGACGACUCAGAAGACUCAGACAACGAAUACGAGCACGCGACGAAACGUAUAGCACUACAGGAUUCGAAUAUAUCACGUUACCAUGAAGAAUUUCUCGAACUUUGUUUGAUCGGAACCGGCGAAUUCGGUUCCGUGCACAAGUGCAUCAAUCGAUUGGACGGAUGUACGUACGCCAUCAAGAAGAGCAUCAAACCUGUGGCGGGCAGCACCACUGAGAAGAAUGCACUAAAUGAGGUGUAUGCACACUCGGUGCUCGGCAAACAUCCGUAUGUGGUUCGCUAUUACUCCGCUUGGGCGGAAAACAAUCAUAUGCUCAUCCAGAAUGAAUAUUGCAACGGCGGCAGUCUCGCAGACACAAUUGCCUUAAUGCGAACGCAGAAUCAACACUUCAGUCAGGCUGAAAUGCGCCAACUGCUGCUGCACGUGGCUGAAGGACUGAGGUAUAUACACAGCAUGCAGCUUGUGCAUAUGGACAUCAAACCUGGCAACAUCUUCAUCACCAAGGAAAAGAAAUUGCGCGCCAUCAAUUAUGAUUCCGCGGAUGAUGGUUUCGAUGACAUCGACGAAACUGUCGACGAGGAGAUCACAUACAAAAUUGGCGAUUUGGGUCACGUUACUUCCAUCAGUAAUCCACAGGUGGAGGAAGGCGAUUGCAGAUACCUUCCGACAGAAAUUCUAAGAGAAAACUUCACUCAUCUACCCAAAGCUGAUAUCUUUGCUCUAGGAUUGACCGUUUAUGAAGCAGGUGGCGGUGGAUCUCUGCCGAAAAAUGGACCUGCAUGGCACGACAUUAGACACGGAAAAUUAGCAGACUUGCCGCACUGCACUCGCGAUCUGAUCAACUUGUUGAAGCUGAUGAUUAGCUACGAUCCGGAAAUGAGGCCAUCGGCGGAAUCUUUGAUGCAACACCGAGUUUUAUGUCCGAUCGGGAAGAAAACCAAAGCACAACUGCGAAGAGAAUUGAACGCUGAAAAACUAAAGAACGAGAUCUUAUCGAAACGACUCCAUGACGCGGCGAUGUACCUGAAGUCUAUUACACCAAACGUUGUCGUCGAGGGUAAUUCCGACCGACAAUUGCGUCCAAUAGCCACCAGAUUAUCGUCAUCUCGUAUCAUAGGCAAAAAGGUCAAUCGUAGUAAUAGCACUACGAACUUUUGAAUUCUUUUUUUCGUUGAAUUUUUGACAUCAGUAAAGUUUCAGAAGGUAGAACUUGAGACAGCGAUCGGUUUCCUCAAGUCACCUUAACAUGUGAUACCGUAUCUAGUUUUUCUAAGUAUGAUUAUUUUCCAGUAAAGUAAGACGUUUACACAUGUAGACCAAGCAUCACGCGUGGGACCUGACUCGCGUGUGCUGAGAGAGACAAGAACAUAACUUGGAUCUCUCUUCUCUUUCUAAAGCCCGUUUGCAACAAUGUAGAUUACUUUUAAGUACGGUUCAACUUCCUAAUAAUUAGUAAAGGAUUAAAAAGUAAGUUAAACCAUAUUUAAAGUUAAUUCUACGUUGAUACGAACAUGUCAGUCUUUUGUUAGAGAGAGAAAAAGGACUUUUCUCUCUCUCUUUCUCUCUCUCGUGCGCGGGCCACUCGUAAACCAAAAUUAUAGAUAUAGUAUAAAUAAAGCGAACAUACCAUAUCACAUGGUAUGGCUCCAUUUAUUUAUGCUAUAUCUAUAAUUUUCCCUAUGAUGACUCUUUUGUAAUGCGAUUGACGUUUACUUUAUAGCUGUAGACAAUAUUCUUAAUAUACUAUAAUAUGGUUGUGUAUUUUUUUUUGGAUUGUUAUCGAAAACGAAAUUUGUUAGUAUACGAACGUGUAUCAAACAAAGUUUGCAGUUAAUUUCUAAAAGAGUACUGAGGGAGCAAAAUUUGGUUUAAUCAAAUUACACUCAAAUGUGACAAAAUAAUAUAAUAUUAGUAAAGUCGAUAAAAUUUUUUUCUAAAUUGUGGAAUAAAACUGCAUUAUAGCAGGCUAAUUUUGUGCAGUAAGAAAGUUUUUGAGGCCACUUAAUGUAUUUUCUGAUUUCACAAUCCUGAUAGAAUCUCUUGUAAUCUCAUCGAUUCUUUUUUGUUUCAUUCUGGACUCUAAAACUUUUCUUAUUUCAAUAUAAAAUUUUGAUUAAAGCAAUUUUAUUCUAUUUCUCUGUAUGCAGUGCAUGCGGAGUAAUAAUAAGUAAAAUUCGCAUGCGAGCAAAUUGAAAUAAUUAUUGCGACUUUUACAAGUUUUGCACGUUCUCAAUAUUUAUACGUUACAAAAUAUAAAGUUAUCUCAUUUUUUAGGAAUUCGUAGGUUUAUAAUUUUCUUUUAUACUGUAUAAAUAACGAACUUUUUUUUUUAUAAAAAUAACAAUGCACGAUCGAACACAAUAUGUUCCAAUUGCAUUAAUAAUAACAAAAAUUAUUCUUAUCCUCUUUAUGUCCUUUUAACCUGCUUUUGCUUGCUGAUUGUAACGCUUUCUUUACAAUCUCAACAAUAAUGCACGAACUAUUUUGUACCUCAUGAAAACAAGUGUUUUAUCUGUACAAAAAAUAAUAAGUACGCCCACACAUACACUUUGUCUAUUGUCUUUAUCAUCUUUUUACUUCAGUCAGUAUUUUGCCAAAAAAUAAUAGAAAUGUCAUUAUCUAUGUCUAUAAGACGUAACUUAAGCUUAGCUAUAACGCGAAAUCUCAGGUUAAAUAUAUUUUUCUAUUGUAUUAUAACGUUUUAUAUAUAACGUACCGUUUAUUACUUAGCUGAUCUCUUUCUCUUCAAUCCUUAGCUCUGUCAGAGCGUAAUGAUUGCUCGGUGCAUUUCUGUAAUAUACGCUUUUUUACAAUUUAUACAAGACCUGUAAACAGCGAUUCUGAACGGUUUAAUUUAGAGAGGCUCUCAUGACAAGAUGCUUUCACAAUCAAUCGUUUGUUAUUGCCUUCCGAGAAGUAGCGAUCGAGUAAAAUGUCUGAUCAGUCGGAUUUAAACCCAAGUUUUUUGGCAUGAAAAGUAGACACAAACUCUGCGCCACAAUUACUACACUUAGCUGAUCAACAAGUGCCUUUAUCAUUCACCAUAAAGCUAAAAAUUUUGCAUUGUGAUAUUAUACAGAUUAUUAACUGCAUAAACUCCAUAAUGUAAAGAAAAAAUAUUUUUAUAUUAAUGAUUCGUGAUUCAUUAAUAUAAAAAUUUAACUUUUUAUUUCAAUAGAGAUUAGUUAAGUAUUAAAAGUAUGUAACAUUUAGACAACUAUUUACCGCUGUGCCUUUACGUUUAUGCUAUAGUAUAAGAAACUAACGUUCCUUGUUACAUCAGCAUUUCCAUUGACACGCAUGUUUUCGCUAGUUACUUUUAUCAGUUACGACACAAAAUAAUAUUAUCAAAUAAUAUUUUGUCCAUAUUUUGUCUAAUUCAGAGAUAAACUAUUUUCUAUCUUACAAAAUUAAACAAGAUAACAAUCAGUUUAUGAAAUGACAAGCACAAUAUUCGAUUUUGAACAGGUAUAAUUUAAGAAAUAGGUUUUAAUAUCUUGUAAACUUUAAUUUUUGUACAGUAAUUAGCAUUUAUUUAACAGUAUUGGACAAAUUAAAGAAAUGUAGGUCAAUAUACAUGUUAUAUGUCAAAGAUUAUUUUUAAUAAUAUACAUAUAUAAAGGUUGAGUUAUUCUUUUACAAUUAAAAACAUUAAAAACUAGGAUCAGAUAUUUCAAUCAAAUUUAAAUUGCUACUAGUUGAUCUUGCAAGUGUUCAAAAUGAUUUUUGACAGAUACUUGUACGCGUUUCUUUAAUUUGUUUCUAUUAAAAUACUAUUAAAUAAUUAAUGUUACAGUUAUUACAAAACUUAAACGAUGAGAUAAUAAAAUUAAAAAUCUGUUUCUUCAAUUUUAGACUGAAUCGAAAAUAUUACAAAUUGAGUUGUGUUCGAAAUAAGAGUGUGACAUGAAAAAGUAUUAAUAUACAAAUAACAGCUUUCAAUCAAAAGUGACAAAUUGAUAGAUUCUACGUUUUACAUGUCAACUCUUUCUUCACAUAUUGCUUCACAUAUUGAAGCUUUUAUUUUCAUGGUGGGAACAAUUGCUGAGAAUAGAUAUGCAUGCUGCUCAGGUGAUAUAUUAGUAUUCGUUUGCAAGAUUUUAUGAGUUCCCAAAGAAUGAUUAAACGUUUCUCUAAAGCCAAUGUUAUUUUGCAAGUUGUAUAGCAUGCUGAUAAUUUAAAUCUUUGGUAUUAACAAAAGAAGCUUGUAAAACACGAAUUGUGCGAUUGUUUUUGUCUGUUGCAAGCAAGUGAGCAGCAUUGUGCAACUAUACAAAAUAAAACAGCGUGUUUUUUUAAGAAUAGCGUUUUAAGAAAAAAAACCAACCAUCAAGAAUAGAACAUAACUGUCACUAUUAAAUAUCAAACAUAGCACAAUUUUUUUUUAAUCAAACUUCAUAAUUGUAUCAAAUAAUAAUAUCAAAUUGUUUGAUCGACAACAUUGACGUGAUACACGCAUGUAAAAUAAAUUGAAUUAUAUUUUGCUUUUUAUAUUGAGACUUGUAUCGCUUUAUAUAACAAAUAAUAUUUUUAUAUUUUUAUAUAACAUUUUAAUAUAUUUUUAUUAUGUAAAUAUAUUUUUCACACGUAAGCUGCAUCAUGCUCGCAAAAGAUAAAAAGUACCUGUCAGUCGCGUGUUACAAGCUCACCUUGUAUAAGAUUGAUUUCCAUCAAUUAUUACGAAUAUAAAGCAUGCCAAUCAAUAUAUUUACAUUUCCUAUAAAUAUAUCGCUGAUUAUAUAUAAUUAUGCGUAUCUGUCGCUAGUUUAUUAUAUAAAAACAUUGUCUCUUUUUUUGACACGAAGCCGGAAAUCUUUUACGUUUGUUUAUCGAAUGUGAUACAUAUAAAGCAAAAGUUUACGAUUUUCGUGUAUUCGCAUAAUAAACCUAGUUUUAAGAUAUUAUAUUUAUAUAUUGAAACCAUUCCGAAAACAUAAAAAAAUAUAUGUAAAUGUGUCUUUAAACGAAGAAGGGAAAGCGAAGUUGUAAGAUGUACGAGCAGCAGGACAAUUUUAGGACUUGAACAAGUUCGUAUCUUGUUUAAGUAAAUGUUUAGCAUUAAAAUAAAUUGUUUCAAUUAUCAUUAAUUAUUGUAUAAUUAUAAUUAUUAAUAUUAUUAUUAUAAAUAAUGAUUAACUGAUUGUUAUGCUUUCCAUUCUUACAAUAUCCAUCGUGUAAAUUACAAAGAAUGUUACCUCGGGCAAAAUCUAACUCGGAUAGUUUUGGCGAGCACUGAUAAAUGUGCUAUCGGCGCAUACGAAUUAGCGAACUUAGCUCGUAGGAGAGUCUCUAUGUAAAAAUUAACAGUUUUAGUGUCGUCUAACUUCACAAUGAGCGUAUUGUGAUUUGAUUGCAAAAAAAUUAUUGUUAAUUAAAGUUGUACGGUUUGCGUUUCUCCCACAUCAUUGAAUUUCUUUCCAUUGACAUUUUGUGAGAUAACGUUACAUUUCCAAAUCAAUAAAGGAGAGAAAAAUUAUUCAAAA